GAAAGAUCCCACCAGCCAACCCAGCACCGCCACUGCUGCAUGCAUCCGCUCAUUUUUAUGGUCACUAACAGCCUAUCCCGGUAGUGGAAGGUGGAGAGAAGUGGGAGGCAGGGAGAGAGAUAGAGAGAGAUUCGGACAGCGAGAAUGGCCGAGAGAAAGAGGAACUGGAAUAAAGAAGAUGACCUGCCUGUGUAUCUAGCUAGGCCGGGCACGACAGCCCAGACACCGCGACAGAAAUACGGGGGAAUGUUCGCCUCCGUGGAGGGGGCCUAUGAGAACAAAACCAUCGACUUCGACGCCUACAGCGUGGGGAAGAAGGGGUCCCGGACUCCGCGGAGCGGCAGCCGGCACGACAUGCUGGACGGAGGGGACAACUACAGCGAGACCGCCAGCGACAUCAGCGAGAUCUCCGGCUCCGUCAUCAGCUCCCCGGGAGACCGGGAGGACAAGACCCCGGGCGUGGAGAUCAAAUACCCCAUGGGAAAGGAGCUGCUGCAGGGCCAGGACAAUGGACAGAGUGACCGACUGCUCAUUAAAGGCGGAAGAAUUAUCAAUGAUGACCACUCCUUCUAUGCAGACCUAUACCUUGAAGAUGGACUUAUAAAGCAAAUAGGAGAGAAUCUGAUUGUCCCUGGAGGAGUCAAGACCAUAGAGGCUAAUGGGCGCAUGGUUAUUCCUGGGGGAAUAGAUGUCAACACUUAUCUACAAAAGCCCUACCAAGGGAUGACUGCUGUUGAUGACUUCUAUCAAGGCACAAAAGCAGCACUAGCAGGGGGCACCACCAUGAUCAUUGAUCAUGUGCUUCCAGAACCUGGAUCUAGUUUACUGACCUCCUUUGAGAAGUGGCAUGAGGCAGCUGAUACCAAAUCCUGUUGUGAUUAUGCUCUCCAUGUGGACAUCACCAGCUGGUAUGAUGGGAUUCGAGAAGAGCUGGAAGUACUUGUGCAAGACAAAGGUGUGAACUCUUUUCAAGUCUACAUGGCGUACAAAGAUCUCUACCAAAUGUCCGACAGCCAGCUUUAUGAAGCCUUUACCUUUCUAAAGAGUCUUGGAGCUGUUAUCCUGGUUCAUGCUGAAAAUGGAGACUUGAUAGCUCAGGAACAAAAGCGCAUUCUGGAGAUGGGAAUCACUGGACCUGAGGGACAUGCCCUGAGCAGGCCAGAAGAGCUUGAAGCAGAAGCAGUUUUCCGUGCCAUCACAAUUGCCAGUCGAAUAAACUGCCCAGUGUACAUCACCAAGGUGAUGAGUAAGAGUGCAGCUGAUAUCAUUGCACAGGCCAGGAAGAGAGGUCCCCUUGUUUUUGGAGAGCCGAUCACUGCCAGCUUGGGGACAGAUGGGACACAUUACUGGAGCAAAAACUGGGCCAAGGCUGCAGCUUUUGUGACCUCACCACCUCUGAGCCCUGACCCUACUACUCCAGACCACUUAAAUUCGCUCUUAGCAUGUGGGGACCUGCAGGUGACGGGAAGUGGACAUUGCCCCUAUAGCACUGCCCAGAAAGCCAUUGGAAAGGACAACUUCACUAUGAUUCCCGAAGGGGUCAAUGGAAUUGAGGAAAGGAUGACUGUUGUCUGGGACAAAGCUGUAGCCACUGGCAAGAUGGACGAGAGCCAGUUUGUAGCUGUCACCAGCACCAAUGCUGCCAAAAUCUUUAAUCUGUAUCCAAGAAAAGGCCGGAUUGCUGUAGGAUCCGAUGCUGAUGUUGUUAUUUGGGACCCUGAUAAGGUGAAGACUAUAACAGCCAAAAGCCAUAAAUCGGCCAUUGAGUACAACAUCUUUGAAGGAAUGGAGUGCCAUGGUGCCCCUCUUGUGGUCAUAAGCCAAGGAAAGAUUGUGUUUGAAGAUGGAAAUCUGCACGUAAAUAAGGGAAUGGGCCGCUUCAUCCCUCGCAAACCUUUCCCUGAAUAUCUUUACCAGCGCAUCAAAAUCAGGAACAAGGUGGGAGGACUGCAAGGAGUCUCCAGAGGAAUGUAUGAUGGACCUGUGUAUGAAAUCCCAGCUACGCCAAAAUAUGCAACUCCUGCACCCUCAACUAAAUCUUCCCCUGCCAAAAACCAGCCCCCACCAAUUAGAAACCUCCAUCAAUCCAAUUUCAGCUUAUCAGGAGCUCAGAUUGACGACAACAACCCACGUCGUACUGGCCACCGCAUCGUGGCACCUCCCGGUGGGCGCUCUAAUAUUACCAGUCUUGGCUGAAAAACAAUGAUGGACAGAAACACAAGGAUGAAGGAUCACGGGAAUAAUGUCCAUUCCCAUCAAUAUCUGUGUUAUCGAGCCCACAGUUUUAUUUGGUACUAACAGAAAUAAAAACUGAAAUGUCUUUCUUUUUUCUUUUUUUUCUCU